AUGUCAAAGUGGACAUUGAACAUUGGCCUUUGUCUGAUGUGGAUGAUUGUGAUUGAAACAUGGAUUGUAAUGACACAAAGAAGGGAUCAAUACCUUCCAAAACCACAUGCAACAGAUGCUAUUAACAAAUUCAACUUGCUAGUAUGGUUUAUGUUUGAUCAAGAAAGUGAUUGGAUUUGUGUAGCAACUGAUUACACUCAAACUCAAAAUGCCUUCAAUUAUGAUAUCAAGCAUAGAGGUGCAAUAAAAGGAUGGAACUAUAAUGAAGCUGAUUUAAUUGUACUUUCAACAAGCCAACCAUGCCUAUUCUAUAUAAUACAUCAACAAACAACAAGUCUUCGAAUUAGUCGUUGGCAUAGUGAGAAACGAAUAAGGGAAAUCUCCAAUAAAUUACUUGAAACUAGUUAUGAAUCAGUCAUUUGUUUUGAUGAAUCCGGUAACAAUAUCAUCAUAGUUCGGGAUGAAGAUGAGCCUUCAUAUUGUAUGAAGCCUGUUCAAUGGCCAAUAUUGACAGGUUUUGUUGUUGAUGGAAACUUUUAUCUAUUUGGUCAUUCCUAUGUCUAUGUAUUUGAUGAAGCUGCCUAUCAUAAUGACAGAAAAAUAUAUCCAUUUCAACAAAUUAG